GCAUGUGGCCUGUAGCAGAGCAACCAGUUCUCAGGGACAACAAGGGCUCAGAGCAGCAGAGAGCACACAGCCUGCUGUCUGAGGGGCCUUACGGGUUCGGUUCUUCUCUCCACAAAGAUGCACUCUGUCUAAACUGUGUGGCUGGAUGUUACUGGGUUUCUCUACAAGGGGAAAUAGAUUUCAUAAAAGGCCCAAUGUUCAUGGUCUCUUUUGGUUUGCUGUUGAGCUUUGGAAACCCUGAGGUGUGACCAGUUUUCAGCCUUCAAAACCAAGAUGAACUGCCCUUGAGAGGGAGUAGUCGGGGAGGGAUCAUGCUCACCCUCUCUCUCCUGAGCCGGGGACACGGGAAGUUGGUCCAGAAUAAACAGAAGUUGGAAGUCUAUUUUGAACCAGAGGACUAUUUGAACUGGAAGUCCCCAGAAGACUAUGUCUUGGUCAGUAACCCCCAGGAUGGGGACAGUGCCAGCCAGCACUCCUGGAGCCUCUUACUUCCUAAGACCUUCAGCACAAGAAAGGGAGCACUGAUCCUAUACUCAGAGGGCCUAGCUGUGUCAGCCUGGACACCCAAAGAGAGGAAAAGAGGUCACAGGAAGAAGCCAGACCUUGAACUGCACACGCUUCAAGACCUCAAAGAAGCCAUUUUGGCAUACGGAAGGAGACAGAGGGAGCAGGACACAGCCUGGCAACCUUACCUCUACUUCCGGAGCAAGUCAAAGAGCCAGCCCCAACGGCAGAUCCAGCCUGGGUAUUCGGCCAAGAGAUACCUCCGAGGCCUUUUGCGGACAUGGUCCCCUGAUACCGUGUACAGGCUCCAGUGUGCAGGACACAUCAAGGAUUCUGUGCUGCUCCAGGACAGUCAGCUCGGGGUACCCAAGAAUCUCCGGCCACACCAGGAUCUUUCGGGUGUUCCCCCAAAAUACCAUCUCCUGCCUGUCUUCCCUUCCUUUUGGAUUCAACAGAGACCAUCUUAUGAACAAGACCAACAGGGCCUGGAUGAAGGGGAAGAUGAGAUUAGUGCAUACGUGGACCAGAGCCACAGCCAUCGGUGGACUCACAUGACGCCACUCAGGAAGCAGCCACGGCAGGAAGAUGAAACCCGAGCCGAGGACACAUUGACAGAGAGCCACCUCCAUGUCCACGCUUCAGAGGAAAGUCACAAUGCAGAGCCUCAGCAAGCCUCCAGGCAGGCCCUUGGGUGUGCCCGCCUCGGUCACCUUCAGCUUCCUCUUGACAACUGCCUCUACGCGUUCUCCCGGUGCUCCUCUUUGCCUGAUAAACAAGGGAACAUGAAACCCCACAAGGCCAGAGGCGGCUGCUUGUCACAGGAGCCUCCUGUUGAAAGAUGCCUUUUCCCUCCUAUAGCAUCUGCCACGGGCUCAGAACAAAGGACGUUUGGGGAAACAAAAAAAAAGAAGGCACCAAAGGCUCGGAAAUUACCUCCUGUUUCAGAAGAACCCCCCAGAGUCCUCAACCCCCUGAGGAGCCAAUUUAAGGCCAAUGAACCCCCAAUGGAGCUCUUCGUUAUCCCAAUGGAGAUUCAUUUCCAUGCCCCACAGCCCCCCAAAGAAAAGGCCUGCAGAAGAGCUGCUCAGUACCCUGAAUCAGAUCCACAACCAGAAGAGGCCACGCCUCUGUGGCGGCCUCCCCUGAAGCGGCUGUACUUAGAAAGGCCAAGGGGCAUCACGGUGCAUCUCCCGGUGGCCAGGGGCCAGGACACACCCUCACCUCAAAGUAGUUCCUUUCUCCCUCCGGCAGCCCAAGGGAACCUCACUCUAAACCGAAACAGGGUAAGACCCAGGAGGGUCCUCCGUGGAGAGAAAGGCUUCCAGGGAGGAGAUGGUGAUAGCCUGGCCAAGAGCGAGGACCAACCACUGCACCUCCCGCCCCCGAAAAAAGGGAAAAAAAGUCCAGAGAUCCGGAAGGACAUGGACAGCUGCAGGACAUCAGCCUGCAACAGUCCCACAGGUCGCUCAAAUGAGGGGGCACUGCCAGCAAGACCAGAAAAUUCCAGAGACCCCACACUGGGACACUUCGUGCGGAGUCUAGAUGGUGAAAACGUCUGCCUGUCGCUCGAGGGGCUCUCGGGAACAGAGGCGCUUCCGCCGGGACAAGCAAACACUGAAUCCAGAACCAGUCUUCGAGAUCCUUAUGCAGCCUCCUCACCUUUGACUCAAGCAACAGAGACUCAGGAACAUGGAGAUGAACCUGACUCUCAUGAAGAACCGGGAAGACCCCAUAGAGGGAAUGAUGAAGACGGCCAAGACCCAGAGCCAAGGAACGUGACCCUUGACCCCCUCAGGACUCCUGCGGCUGAGCACCAUCAGACCUCCGAGGCUGACACCGUGAAAAGCACGGACAGAGAUUAUGAUGUGUACCGCCUGCACAGAGGACUGCUAGAACGUGAGCCUGCAUCCCCAGAGAAGCUGGGUUCUGAGACUGCAUCUCUUCCUCCAAGGAAAAAAAAUAAGAAAAUGGAAGCAAAAUUGUCUAACCAGCAAUCCUCAGCUGCCAUCAGUCACGGAAGGGAUUUGGUUGACAAGUCUGAGAGGAAGAAGAAAACCAAGAUAGACAAGGCCAGAGCCCCCAGAACAGAGCGAGAAGGAAGGGCCCUGGGGCAAGCAGAGGCUGCGGGAGGGAAGUCAAAGGAUUCAAAAACUGAAAAGAAAUCAGGGCUAAUUCCAAAAGAAAAGAAACCGGGCACCAAAAUGAAGAGGGCACCCAGACAAAGGGACGUGGAGGCGGCAGCAGAGCUGAGUGAGCCCGAAGUCAGCAACGCCAAGGAAGCAGGUGGCACCCCAGAGAGAGGGCUCCUCCGCUCACAUGCUGCCACUGAGGAGCCUUGGCUUUCUCCUGAAUAUGAUGCUCUGGAGAGCCAGGUUUCUAUAGAUGGAAGAUUAUCACCCACACAGGCCAUGGGUGCCACUACCAACAUGGAAUCUGAGGAAGAGAGAAGCCCCGAAGACUCUUCCAAGGCCCUCCUGGAUAAGAGGCAGCAGGAGAAGGCUUCUCGAGACAGAAUUCGCUUAGAGAGGGCAGAGAUGAGGUGGCUGGAGGUGGAGCGGAGGAGAAGGGAGCAGGAAGAGCUGACCCGGCUCCAUAAGGAGCAGCUGGAGAGAGCGGAGAAGAUGAAGGAGGAGCUGGAACUGGAGCAGCAGAGGCGCAUUGAGGAGAUCCGCCUGAGAAAGCAGAGACUGGAGGAAGAGCGGCAGCGGCAGGAGGAAGCGGAGAGGAAGCGGAGGCUCCAGCUGCAGGCGGCGCAGGAGAGAGCCCGGCAUCUGCAGGAGGAGCUCCGGAGGAAAAUGCAAGAACUGCAGAGGAAAAAGCAGCAGGAGGAGUUGGAGAGGGCUGAGGCCGAGAAGCAACGGCAGAAGGAACUGGAAGUGCAGUUCGCAGAAGAACAGAAACGCCUGAUGGAAAUGGCAGAGGAAGAGCGGCUGGAGUACCAGAGGCAGACACAAGAAGCAGAAGAGAAGGCUCGGCGGGAGGCUGAGGCGAGGAGGCAAGAGGAAGAGGCAGCAGCCAGGCUGGCGCUGGAGGAAGCCGUGAAGCUUGCGCAGGAGCAAGCCAGGCAAAAAGCUGCUUUGGAGAAACACCUUCAUUUUCAACAAGAACUCUUAAAGGAAGCCAGUGGUCUGCAGUGGACACAAAGCAUUUCCAGACCGUGGGUCUACUCAUACUUCCAGUUCCUGAGAAUCCCCAAGCCGUAAGGCUAGAAGAAAGCAAAACAGUAAGUUGAGAAAUGGUGGCAGAAGUUAUACUUCUAUAAUAAAGCUCCAGCCUGAGCUCA